AUGGCGAUACUUCCGGAUUGCCCCGGCUUGAAGGUUGAGGUCCUGGUCAAUGGAGAGGCGCUCAAGGAGUUCGGUGACGAUGAAACGCCACCGCCAAAGACGAUCGUCCGGUAUAUAGAAGCGGUGUCCGACGCGCAGUUCGGAAUCCAAUACGAAUGCACCCCUCCCUUCCCGUCCACUUAUGGCGUAAAGGCCAGACUUCAGCUCGAUGGAGGCGCUGCCUCCAAGCGCAUACACGAAUCGAAAGGAUUGCUCGGCAAAAAGCACAAUUUCAUGUCCAGGCGAUGUCAAAUCGAUGGGGUUGCCUUUUCUCAGAACUAUAGGUUCUCAAAAAUUACAAUAGUCGAAGAUAGUGGAAGUAGCAUCGACGAGACCAUGAAGCAGCGAUUGGACUACGCUGGCGAGAUUCGCGUGGAUUUCCAAUUCAUCAAAAAUGUCGUCGAACGACAGGCAAGGCAGGGCAACGAAGCUCCCACGGGCGAGUCAGCUCUACAAUGCGUUCCAGCAAAGGCUGUAGGGCAAAAGUCGUUAUCUCAUUGCCGGUCGAGCACCAAGCGGUCGAGCAGGAGCAUGACAACAACCUUGUCAUAUGAUUUCGUCGACCGCAACGAUUACUUUGCUACUUAUAUCUUCAAAUACCGUUCUCUCGCUGCGUUGAGGUCUCUGCGCAUCAUUCCGCGCACGCCUAGUCCGGCACCUCUAGAGGACAGACCUGCGAAAGACCUCAGUCGGCAGGAGCUUGAACAGCUAGUUGAUCGAUAUCGGGAGCAGGAGAAAUCUGCGAAGGUGGUCAAGAAGACACUAAAGCGAGAGCGAUCGGAAGGUACCAAUGUCAAGGCUGAGGAAAGCGACGUGACCGUGGUCGAGGAUAGAUGCGCAAAACGUCAGCGCCUGCCUACCGCUCAAGACGAGGUGAUUAUCUUGGACUAA